GUAGUAUCGCGAGAUCUUGUUCGUUUUGUGUGUGUGUUUCCUCGAGCGAUAAAGAGCCGAAUCUGGAAAUAAGAAAAUACUCAAGACAUUGUCUCCGUAGCUUCCUAUAUUUGGGGUUAUUGUGUCGCCGUUGAUUUCAGAAACUACACUUGAGGUACAAGAUCACAGUUCAUCUCAAUGGCUUCAAGACGAGGACACAUUCGGUACCUGAAGGUAAUUUCAGAAGUUUGCGAGGUUCAGUCACCUCAGAAUGAUGGCAGAGAUGGACAGCAUAAGGCAGCCUCUGGUGAUAAUGAUCUUUAUGAUAACGGCUACAAUGAGCAUAUGAUGGAUGAUGGCGACUCCAGGACCAAUCUCAUCGUCAAUUACCUGCCUCAGAGCAUGAACCAGGAUGAGCUGCGCAGUCUGUUCAGCAGCGUGGGGGAAGUGGAGUCUGCCAAGCUGAUAAGGGACAAAGUUGCAGGCCACAGUUUAGGUUACGGCUUUGUUAACUUUGUUAACCCUAAUGAUGCAGAGAGGGCAAUCAGUACCCUCAAUGGCCUGAGGCUACAGUCUAAAACUAUCAAGGUGUCUUUCGCCCGCCCGAGCUCUGACACUAUCAAGGAUGCUAACCUGUACAUCAGCGGGCUGCCGAGGACCAUGGGUCAGCAGGAGCUGGAGGACAUGUUCUCUCAUUACGGAAACAUCAUCAACUCCCGUGUCCUCGUGGAUCAGGCCUCUGGUUUGUCUCGCGGAGUUGCCUUCAUCCGCUUCGACAAAAGGUCAGAGGCCGAAGACGCUGUCAAACUGCUGAACGGCAGCACGCCAUUCGGCGGCCCGGAGCCCAUCACGGUCAAGUUUGCUGGCAAUCCGAACCAGAACCGGAAUUCCCAGGGUGGUGCGGGACACGCCUAUGGUCACGGCCAGUCGCGUCGCUAUGGAGGCCCGGUCCACCACCAGCAGCAGCGCUUCAGAUUCUCUCCGAUGAGCGUGGACCACAUGAGUGGAGGAGGAAGCGGGGGGAGCAACGGGGGGAAUUCAGCCAACGGCUGGUGCAUCUUCAUCUACAACUUGGCCCCGGAGACGGAUGAGGCCAUGCUGUGGCAGAUGUUCGGGCCCUUCGGUGCCGUCGUCAACGUGAAAGUCAUCCGAGACUUCAACACCAACAAGUGCAAAGGCUUCGGCUUCGUCACCAUGAACAACUACGAGGAGGCGGCCAUGGCCAUCCACAACCUCAAUGGCUACCGCAUGGGGGACAAAGUCCUGCAGGUGUCCUUCAAGACCAACAAGGGACACAAGUAGAGGAAGUGGCGUUCCUCUGGGGCGCGCCUGUUUUGUUUUGUUUUUUUUUAUUCUCAGCAUGCCCAGUUUUAAUUUCUUUUCUAUUAAGUUCUGUGAAUACUUUUUUUGGGGAACAUUAAAUGUUUUAUUUAACAGAGUUUUAGAGGUUUUUGAUCUUUUUAUGGGGAGAAUAAACUUAAUUACGAAGGACACGAGUACAACAGCCAGAAAACUGAGGUCGAAAGUGUUUUUGUGUACAGAUAUUUUUAUUUGCCACCGAACCCCGUGUUUGAAAGAAAUGGAAAUGAAUUCACGAACGUCUGCCGCGUAUGGAAACUGCAGAGUGGGACGUUUUUAUUUUUGUUUACGAGUGUUGGUUCCUGACAAAAUGUGAUGAGCGACAUGGAAGGUGACCUUCAGUUUGUUUUCUGUCACUUGGCUUUUUUCUGUCUCGUAGCAGCAUCUUUGUGAUAGUCAACACAAUAAACCAGUCA